GAUCUCCGGCAUGUGACCCAAGUCAUCAUAAUAAUAACAGAUCAGCCAUCAGUGAUAUGUUCUGAAGAGAAGGUGUGAGGACGAAUACAAGAGUGAAGAAGUGAUCUGUCGUGUGAGCUGAUGUAAACUGGUUAAGGACUGGUUAGCCUCUCUAAAACAGCUGGUUAAAUGAGCUAAAGCAUCUGAAGCAGACGUGGCUCCGGCCGAGCAGGAGAAGCUCUUCAUUCAGAAGCUGCGUCAGUGCUGCGUUCUCUUCGACUUCCUGUCCGAUCCGCUCAGCGACCUGAAAUGGAAGGAGGUGAAGCGGGCGGCGCUGAGCGAGAUGGUGGAGUACAUCAACCACAAUCGCAAUGUCAUCACGGAGCCCAUUUACCCCGAGGUGGUGCACAUGUUCGCGGUGAACAUGUUCAGGGCUCUGCCUCCUUCAUCGAACCCGACGGGAGCAGAGUUCGACCCGGAGGAGGAUGAACCCACUCUAGAAGCAGCUUGGCCUCAUCUUCAGCUGGUGUACGAGUUCUUCCUGCGCUUUCUAGAGUCCCCCGACUUUCAGCCGAACAUCGCCAAGAAAUACAUCGAUCAGAAGUUUGUGAUGCAGCUUCUGGAGCUGUUUGACAGUGAAGAUCCACGAGAGAGAGAUUUCCUGAAAACCACGCUGCACCGAAUAUACGGAAAGUUUCUUGGGCUGCGGGCUUACAUUAGAAAGCAAAUAAAUAACAUAUUUUACAGGUUUAUUUAUGAGACGGAGCAUCACAACGGAAUCGCUGAGUUACUGGAGAUCCUGGGAAGCAUCAUCAACGGCUUCGCUCUGCCGUUAAAAGAGGAGCACAAGAUCUUCCUGCUGAAGGUUUUACUGCCGCUGCACAAAGUCAAGUCUCUGAGCGUCUAUCACCCGCAGCUGGCGUAUUGCGUGGUUCAGUUCCUGGAGAAGGACAGCACCCUCACCGAACCGGUGGUCAUGGCUCUGCUCAAGUACUGGCCCAAGACUCACAGCCCGAAGGAGGUGAUGUUCCUCAACGAGCUGGAGGAGAUCCUGGACGUGAUCGAGCCGUCCGAGUUCGUGAAGGUCAUGGAGCCGCUCUUCCGUCAGCUGGCCAAGUGUGUGUCCAGCCCUCACUUCCAGGUGGCGGAGAGAGCGCUUUAUUACUGGAAUAACGAGUACAUCAUGAGUCUCAUCAGCGACAACGCAGCUAAGAUCUUACCCAUCAUGUUCCCGGCGCUUUACCGCAACUCCAAGAGCCACUGGAACAAGACCAUUCACGGCUUGAUCUACAACGCACUGAAGCUCUUCAUGGAGAUGAACCAGAAGCUGUUUGACGACUGCACGCAGCAGUUCAGAGCCGAGAAGAACAAAGAGAAGGCCAAGCUGAAGGAGCGAGAGGAGGCCUGGAUGAAGAUCGAGAGUCUGGCCAAGUCCAACCCGCAGUACGUUUUGUAUGUUGAUCCGUCUGGACUAAACAGUCCUGUAGAAAUGGAGACUGAUGGUCCCUUUAUAGAAGAUGUUCAGAUGUUAAAAAAGACAGUGCAGGCCAGAGCCAUUCAGAUGUCGAGGGAGCAGAGGAAGGAGCGUCCUCUCGUCAGACGUAAAUCUGAUCUUCCUCAGGACUCCUUCACCACCAAAGCCUUGGAGACGCACCGGCGCGCUGAAGAGAUGCUGACCAAUCACGACUAGCUCAGGGCUCCUGGAGGCUCCUGGUCCCCGGGUCCCCGGGCUCUUCUGGACUCUUGCUGUGGUCCGGACACUUGGUGAAGGAGAACACGGCCGGAGCGGAAAGCUUUCUUUGCGUUUCAGAUUUGUGUUUAUUUUCAGGGACGGUUGCCAGUGCCAAUACUGUCAUGCUGACUAGCUUCCAUAGUUUUAUUUCUAUGUUUAUCGCUUAAGCUAAUGUGGUGUUUCAGACUAAAGCACGUCUGUCAGGUGUUCUCUCUGUGUGUCGCUCGGAUCGGUUCACUUCUGUGCCAUAGACGGUUUGUUUGGACCCGGUGUCUCCGCUCGUUGUGCUCUCACUGCUUCAAACAAUGGUACGGUUUCUCCAUCGGAUCGACGGCUGAAUGUCACCAACAUUCCCGGAUCAGUUCAUCUGAUGUCAGACUGGACGCUCCAGAAGGACCUCAGUGCCUUCCAGCAGCCUUCGGUCCGUUCGGAUGAGUCCAGAUCCAAACGCAGCGGUGUGACGCCGACGCUUCGAUUGUUCAUCUCCAUCCAGAUGUUUUCCUGUUAUUUUAUUGAACUACCUAGAAGCACUUCCUGAAAACUUGAAAACUCUACUGCGUGUGUGUGUGUGCGUGCAUGUGUGUGUGUGUGUGUGUGUGUGUGCGUGUAUGCGUGUGUGUGCGUGCAUGUGUGUGUGUGU